GACGUAGUUGGCUGUGUAGGUAAAUCGUUAACGUAAAUAAGGAAAAUUUAAGAAUGCUUUGCUUUAUUAGUUAUGUGCAUUGUGUUUCAUUAUUUCCGUUAUUUUAUGUGUGUAUUGUAUAGUGAGCUUGUUUCCAUGUGACAUAUUCAUUUGAGAUGGAGCUUCUUUGUGAUUUAGCACGUUGGUUUCAGUUAAUUUGAUUCAACAGAAAAUGUGUCCUUUAAGUAACGGGUUAACAUUAUAAUUGAUUGUUAUAAACUAUGACAUUAAAUAAUGGCUGAUGUUCGAAUGAACCUUAUGUAUUAGCAUAUAUUGUAAUGUAAAUGUAUAUUUGCUUUUAUUAUUACGAAAACAGCAUGGCGAUCUCAAUAGCCAUUCUGGACUGUGAUCUACUGUUGCAUGGCCGCGGUCACAAGACCCUGGACCGGUUCGACGUGGGCUUGGUGUCAGACGAAUUCCUCCUUACGCAGUUUGGCUUCCCCAGAGAGUUCAUUCUGUACUUGGUGGAGUUACUCAGAGAGUCCCUCUGUAGACGCACACAGAGGUCCAGAGCCAUCAGUCCUGAGGUCCAGGUGCUGGCUGCGUUGGGCUUCUACACAUCAGGUUCCUUCCAGACUUCAAUGGGAGAUACUAUUGGAAUCAGCCAAGCGUCAAUGUCCAGAUGUGUUUCCAAUGUGACCAGAGCUUUGGUUGAGAAAGGUCCUCAGUUCAUCACGUUGAAUAGAGACGCCGCGAUCCGAGAGCAGACCUUCCAGGAGUUCCAGAGGGUGGCGGGAUUGACAGGCGUUGUGGGAGUGCUGGACUGCGUUCAGGUCGCCAUCAAGGCUCCUAACAGUGAAGACUCAUCGUACGUGAACAAGAAAGGGUUUCACUCCAUUGGCUGUCAGCUAGUUUGUGAUGCCAGAGGCUUGUUACUUAGCGCAGAAACUCACUGGCCCGGUGGGCUCAGAAGCAUAGACGUUCUGGAAAGAUCUGCCCUUUACAAAAAACUUCAGGAAACUGAGGAGGGCUAUUUUCUGGGUGACAGCCGUUAUCCUCUAAGGAAGUGGUUGAUGACCCCGGUGGAUUGCCCUGAAUCCCCUGCAGAGUUUGGAUACAAUCUUGCUCACGUGGCUACGCAUGAGAUUGUGGAUAGAACGUUUCGAGCCAUCCAGACCAGAUUCAGAUGUUUAGAUGGCACUAAAGGAUAUUUGCAGUACUCACCAGAAAGGAGUUCAUCCAUCGUGUUGGCUUGUUGUGUUCUCCACAAUGCCUCCCUGCAGUCAGGAUUAGAUGCCUGGACUCUGGAAAGGACAGACCCCCUGGAGCAGCUGGAAACUCUGGAGCAGAGACCCGAGGACCGUGACGGUCAGGCUGAGGAACUGCGCAAACAGCUCAUCGGGAAACACUUCAGCUAAUGUAUGCCUGGACUCUCUACGGCUUUGUUCAAGAACAACUGGAACUCACACAGGAUGGAGUUCUAUAUAAAGCAAGAAAGUCAAGAGACAGUGAUGCUGAUGCAGAUUUUUAAUAUUUUGCUGGUUUCUACACUACUAUAACAUAGGCAUAUAUGUAGGAACAUGCAAGACACUGUACAACAACAACAACAAUCCCCUGUGGACAUUACUUGAUUUUUUUCCUCACGCAGCUUUCCCAAACAAUUUAGUUUCAUUGUUGUCCAAGUUUAGGAAAAAGUGACCAAACCCUCCAUCCAUCCCUCUUCUUCCCCUAUUAAAGGCCUUUGCAACGUGUUUCCACAGGCAAGUAUGUUGUUGCAGUCCACAAACUAGGCCUCUAUUUACAACUGCACAUCAUUUAUGUACACCAAUGCAUUGACAUUGCUGAGACAACCAUGACAAAAUGCCAUUUUGCGGGGUAGAUCAAACCACAGCAAUGGUGAGAUGGAGCUAGACAGAUCACCUCUGUGGUCACUCUAGGGCAUUAGAAUCUAUGUACUGUACCAAAUUUCUCACAAGAACAGAACAGUGGUGAAGAAAAGAAUGUUUUACAUGAAGUUAUUUUUGAAGAUGCUAGUGGUGUUUCACAUCUGGAAAUUUAAUGCGAUAAUAUACACACUUUCUACAAACCGCGAAUGUUUUACAUGAAGAUCUUUUGGAAGAUGCUAGUGGUGUUUCACAUCUGGAAAUUUAAUGCGAUAAUAUACACACUUUCUACAAACAGCAAUAAAUACGUACACACA